GACUGUUCUCAUCACAUUACUAACUGUCUGCACGCGCCGGUGGGUCUGUCGUUUGUGUUGCGCUUGGAGCCAUGGGACGUGUUGCUGGGAGCCCUUCCGACCCAUGCGAUGAUGUGGAUAUAUUUGCCUUGGCUGAAUUCUUCCAGUUCCUGCAGUGCCAAGUUCGCCUGGAGGCUAAGCUUUGCUUGGGUGAAAAGGACGUGCAAUUGGAGGAUCCCGACGCCAAAUGCCUAUGGCCGCUCUUCGAGCAAUGGGUUGCCCCGAACAUUGGAAAGAGGGAGAAGUGGGUGCCAUUUCACACGGUGUUAGCACCGCACGAGCUUUUCUUGGUGCAAAGCAUCCAUCAUAACACAGAUCUCAAUUGGAGCGACUUUCAGCGGUAUUUGGCCAUCUUCAUCUUCAGGGCGCAUUGCCAGAGGCAAGUCUUUUCUCAUGCGCAGCUUCCAUACCUGCUUACCGCGGAUUUCUGGCAUGAUCCCAAGAAGUACUUUGAUGACGAUGGUCCAAUCACCCAGUCCAUGAUGAAGUAUCGACGAGAAACGCAUUUGCCGCUACAGACGGGAGCCUUUCUGUCAAUCCCUGAGCGUUUGUUGGAAGAUAACGACGAGAACCUGGUGAUCAACGUGGCUCGACGAACGCAACGCCUCCUUGACAUCGCCAUGGAGAUUUGGCCGACUUUGCAAAAUCCAAAUCUUUCAAAUGCAGAAAAGUUUCAGCAGAUCUCCAGGGUCAUUCAGACUGGUCAUGGCUUCGGAGAGACCUGGGCCAAAAUGCUGAUGGUCAGCAUGGACAUCGCCUUUCCUGCGGCGAAGCUCUUGUCAACACACUGUGAGGUGGGCAUUGGAGCCCGUGAAGGGCUAGAUCGCCUUUUUGCAAAUCAAGGCCCCAGACAGGCAGUGGAAGCAUUGAGCGUCGCAACUGCCGCAGCCAACAAUUCGCAGAUGAAACCAGCAAGGCAUUUCUGGAGAAUUGUGGAGAGAGUGGAAGGAAUGGCACGGCAAACGUUUGCGGAUUUACCCUUGGUCUUGGAACACAUAGCGCAGUUCCAGGCAUUGAGCCCAGCGACUGUACAAGUGCAACUUUGUGAGUGGCGGCAAUUUCUGCAAUUCAUUGAGAGAAGAAGCAGACUCCCAGCGCCAGAAAUUCCAAGCGCCUGCAAAAUCCUGGAUGACGAUGAGGACGAGACAGCAGAGAGAUCUGAGGGUACACCUGUGCCCGAGGCCAUUUCAUCCGACACUUCCGACUCUGAUGUCCCGGAGAUGGACAACAUCUCAGAGGGCCGACUUCAACCUCUCGCCGACCCGAGGCCAUCACUGGGAGCACCAGAAGCGGAGAACCGAUCCGGAAAAGAUGCUGAAAAGCACUAUGUGGAAGCUGUGGGCCAAGUCCUGCAGAACUACAAGGCUCGCCAUGAGGAGCUGUUCGGUUCUGUUUUAUCAUGCUCUCUCAGGGCCCAAGAAGAGGACGCUCGCUGCCAGGCGGCAUCAUUGAAAUACUUCGAGAUUUGCGCGGCGGAAAUGGAAUCGCAAAGAGACUUACGUGCCUGCCUGCUGGAGGGCUACAAGCACUCAGCGCGGGAAGAGCCUUUGCGUCGACAGGUCAAGACGUUGGACAAGACUUUGGAGAUUCUCAAGCCAGCCGAAAGCGAAGACGUCCGACAAGGUUUGCAAUCUGAAGGCCAAGAAGGUCUAGCACCGGAGGAUGCUUCCGAGGUAUCCGAACAGUCUCGAUUUGGAAUGUCAAGCUCCUCAACCUUGCCUCCUGUGCAGAGCGAAGCUUUUAGCGUGGCACUUCCAAAGCCACCCCCGUCCAUGGAGGAGCACCAUCAACGAGGCCUUAGAGUACGAGAGGCCAAGUUGAAGCAGGUGAUCAACGACCUCGGCAAAGAACGGGAGAGAGCUUUGAAGAGAGUACCCAGGGAUGAUGAGAUUUCCAGCGAUGUGGAGCGGCUCCGCAAGCGCCAUGCGUCGAUGCAAUCACAGAAGGAGAGAGCGGAAGGAGAGAUGCGACGCGCAGAAGCUAAGAGGGCUUCGGCCGAACGCGAACUGGUACAGAGAAAGGUGCUCCUUGUGAACCUGAAGGCGGACAUUGAUGCCAUGGAGGAGAUGCUUGUUGUGGAAGAUCUCAUGAAGCAGGAGGAGGAGUUGUCUGAAGUCCACUCCUCAAGACUGACCUUCAAGCCUUGCAGCUAUGAAGCAUGUCAUGCUGCACGGCGUGCUGGCGGAUUGGCCUUCCUGCUCUUGAGCGCAGCCGGCUGCGCAUUCCUGGCGCCGAUGCCGCAGAUCGCGGCCCCAGCUGCGCAGAUGGCGGCCACCCAACUGCUGCUUGCAGAGAUCGACAUGACAGAGCCCUACAGGCCGGAAGAAGAGCCAGAAAGCCCUGCGAAUAUAAUGAUCUUUCUGACAUUGACCUUUGUGCUAGCUGCGUUCAUUUUGCCCUUGCUUUUUGCGGGCAUCCAAUCCAAGAAUGCUGACAUUGCCGGCGCAGACGAGCCGCGGAAUGGAGCCAGCACUUUGAUCAAGAAGCUGGUUGGUGAACACUGGUUGGAAAAGGUGGAGGAUUUGCGUUACGUUCCGCAGCAUCGGCUGGAAAGCUGGGGAGUCCCCUUGAAGUUGCCUCUCGACAUGGUGAGCAAAGCCAGCAAAGCAGAAGCAGAUGAAAGCGUUUGCGCCGCGUAG